CUUUAAUCACAAAAAUCAAGAUAUAAAGAAAGAUAAUAUUACAUUUUAUUAUAAAUGUUCACAAAGCCAAGUAUUAGAAAAUAAACCACGAAAAAAUAUAGAUCCAAACAAACAACAAGAUAAAGUAUCCAUAGAGCAAUUUUCCUGUAAUAGAUUGUUAAAAAUUAUAAUUAGAGAUCACCAAAUUGCUGAUAUUAAUUUAGUUCAUAAAAUCUUACAUACUCAUCCUAAUCAGUUUGAAAUAGAUACAAGCAUUAAAAAACAAAUACAUUACUGGUGGACAGUUUUUAUUCGACAAGCACAUUUUAAAAAUAUUGAUCAACUAAAAUCAGCAUACAAAUUAUUAGUUGAAAAUAAAAAUGAAAUUAUUCUUUAUGAGUCAAAUGCAACAAUUAA